GUGAUUGCUUUCAAGCUCUCAACCUCUCACCAUGUCGUCACUACAACCACUGCAACGCUUACCGCUCACCAUCGCUCACUACUCACCUCCAGCUCCAAGGUUGGGUCAUCCUUUUUCUAUUGUCACAUGGCCAUCUCAACUGUGAUUCAGUGAUUCCCUUCAAGCUUUCAGCCUCUCACCGUGCCAUCACUACAACCCCUGCAACACUCACCGCUCACCUCCAGCUCCAAGGUAUCAAUUAGCCAAUGUCUUCACAAGAGCCUAGCCCCCCAUCGAUUAAAAUUCCAAAUGAAUCAAGUGCAAGUAUUAUACCGAGUGUUGCUGCUCCACCAACUUCAUCCUCGGCUAUGGUUCCUCUUGCAUUAGAAAGUGGUGAGGAUAAAAAAGAUGAUCAAGGCCAUAAGCGGCCACUUACUUCUAAAGCAUGGAACCAUUAUAGGAGGAAAAAAAUUAAUGAGCAUCGGAAAGCAAUUUGUGUCUAUUGCAAUAAACAUCUGGAGGUGAGACCAGGAAUGGGACAAGUCACUUGCGUGAUCACACUCGGAUAUCAAUCUAAAACUUCCCAAAAUGAGAGGUGUGUGCAAGUGUCUAGCCAUGCUCCACCAGUGGCUGCCUCAUCUUCCUCUAUGAUUGGCAAUAAAAAUUUUGUUGAAAAAUUUAAAACAUUUCUUACUUCAAAAGGUAGUGCACCAGCUAUGGAAUCAAAGUUAGAUGCUUAUUUAGAGGAAAAGGUGGUUCCAUUUGAGGUAGAAGAAACUCUUGAUAUUCUGAAUUGGUGGAAAAUUCAUGGGACUAGCUCUGACAAUAAUGGGAAUUUCUUCAAUCUAUUUGAUGAGUUGGAGGAGAAUGAUAAUGAGGAUGAUUAGUCUAAGGUAAAUUUUAAACAAUAAUGUUUCUUUAUAUAAAUUAUUAUAUGAAUUUUUUUAAAAUUUUUUUUUGUUAAUUUGGGGUAUUUGUUUUUGUUUCAGGAAGUUAUUUCCUUAACUUGAAAUUAUUGAUCAAGCUUAGCUUAAGUUGUUGCUGUAGAGUUUGCCUUGCUGGAUUGGAUGGAUAUGUAUGCAUGUGCCACUUCCUAGACUCUUUUAUGUGCUUUUUCUUAAUGAAUUUAUUGUUGGACAUGUAUGGCAGUAGUUUAUGCUCUCUUUUUUUCUAUCAACUUUGCUGAAUCUAGACAUAUAUGACAGUUGCAAUUUAUGCUUUUAUUUUUUAUAAACCUUUUGUUUGAUUUGCUGGAUUUAUAUGGCAAUUUAUGCCUUUUUUCUUUAUGAAAUAUGAACUUGUUGCUUGCUUGCUUGUUGGACUUGACACGUAUAUUUGGUUGUGUUAUUGUGUAUAUUUACUGCUUGUUUAUCUUGUUUCAAAAUUUUACUUUAUAUGAUUAUUUGAGUUAGUUUUAUUUAAUGAAUGUGAAAACCAGUGGAGUCUAAGUAGAGCCAUGUUGAGCUUAAUUUUGAUUAACAAGUAAUGAAAAUUUUGAUUAACA